CCUGAUCUUCUACGAGGCAGAUAUGGCAGAGUGUGACAUCGAUAUCAGAGCAGCCUCAGUGUACUCAGGAGUGUUCACCCAGAUCUUUAAAGAGGAGUGUGGGCUGUACCAGGACAAGGUGUUCUGCUUUGUCCAUCUGAGCAUCCAGGAGUUUGUGGCUGCCCUUUAUGUCUUUAUGUCCUUCAUCGAUACUGGUGUUAAUCUGCUCUCAACCACCAGGAAAGAUAAACUCCUCCUCUACCAGAGUGCUGUGGACAAGGCCUUACAGAGUGAGAACGGACACCUGGACUUGUUCCUCCGCUUCCUCCUGGGCCUCUCUCUGGAGACCAAUCAGAUUGUCCUACGAGGUCUGCUGGGACAGAAAGAAAGAUCACUGACCACUCAGAUUAAAACAGGUCUGCUGCGACUGACAGGAAGUAGCUCACAGACCAAUAAGGGAACAGUGUCUUACAUCAAGAAGAAGAUAAAAGGAGACCUAUCUCCAGAGAGAAGCAUCAAUCUGUUCCACUGUCUGAAUGAGCUGAACGACUGUUCUCUAGUGAAGGAGAUCCAACAGUACCUGACAUCAGGAAGUCUCUCC